GCCACUUCUGGUUGAUUUUGUUUCCUUUUGGGGGCAUUUUAGCAUAUUUUAUUUACAAGUUGGUUUAUAGACCACCAGACUCACGAGGUAAAUAAAUGACACCAUUUUUUUUGGCGCCAAGUCGAUGACUGUUUCCAUGUGUCUUAAUAAGGGUGUGUGUCUGGCUCGCUCACCUCUCUCUCCUCUUCGCUCACCUCUCUCCUCUCGCCCUCUCCUCUUCCCCCUCCCUCGUCAGACCCGGUGAAGUCUAAAGGGUCGGGGAUGAGUCCUCUGAUGGAGCGAGAGAAAGACCCGGCGGGAGACGAUAAGGAGCUGAGGAAGACUCUGUGUCCCUACGCCGCCAUGGGGGAGUGUCGCUACGGACUUAACUGUUCCUAUCUCCACGGCGACGUGUGUGACAUGUGCGGUCUGCAGGUGCUCCACCCCUCCAACGACGCACAGCGAUCAGAACACACCAAGGCUUGCAUCGAGGCCCAUGAGAAGGACAUGGAGCUGUCGUUUGCCAUCCAGCGACAGUAAGGACAUGCAGUGUGCGUGUGUAUGGAGGUGGUGUUUGACAAGGCCAACCCCAGUGAGAGACGCUUCGGCAUCCUGUCCAACUGCUGCCACUGCUACUGCCUCAAGUGCAUCCGCAAGUGGAGGAGCGCCAAGACGUUCGAGAGCAAGAUCAUCAAGUCCUGUCCAGAGUGUUGGGUCACGUCCAACUAAACCUCUCUCUCUCCCCCAGUCCUGUACUGAGUGGAGGACAAGGAAAACAAGCAGAAACUGAUACAGAAAUCCAAGGAGGGGGGGGGGACUAAAGCCUGUCGUUACUUCGACCAGGGUCGGGGCACCUGCCCGUUUGGCGCCAACUGCUUCUACAAACACGCCUUCCCUGACGGGCGUCUGGAGGAGCCCCAGAGGAGACCAACAGGGUGCAACGGCAGGAACAGGAACUCGAGGAGGACACCCCUGUGGGACCUGUUUGAAGAGCGGGAGAACAGCAGCGACUCUUUGGACAACGAGGACGAGGAGAUGGUGACCUUUGAACUGAGCGAGAUGCUCCUCAUGCUCCUCGCCGCGGGAACCGACGACGACGUCACGGACUCGGAGGACGAAUGGGACUUGUUUCACGAAGAGCUGGACGAUAUCUACGAGAUUUACCUAUAGCACCACUCCCUAAAGUUAACGUUUAAAACCCCUUUAUCGUUUUUGACUACCCCUCUUCACCUUUACCGCGCUGUAGAAUGGACUGUCUUGUGUGUUUGGACAGUAGCUUCUCUCGUCUGUGUUGUGGCAGUGCCUUUGGGGCAGGCCUUUCAUUCAGAAAUCAACUACAUGAAGAAGAAUUAACAGAUGAAAAUACUAAUGUAAAUGAGAAACGGGUGGGUGUAAAACCAUUUUUCUAGAAACAUCCUGUCCUUGUGAAUUUAUCUAUCCGUGUCAGGUUCAUGUAAAAAACAAAUAACAACAACUUAAAAACAAGGAAAAAAAAUUACAAACAUUUUUGAAAAUAUCACUAAUAAAUAGUGUUUAUUUGUG